AUGAGUGAACAAUCCGGGCGUAUGCCCAAGCUUGAUGGAUGCAUUAGAAUUCUGGCAACUGAUCUUGAUUUACUGGGUCUCAGUGAGGAACGUGAGGAGCUACAGACUGUGAUUGACUCUAACAGUCGCAAACACUCAUCCUCUGGGAUUGCCUCUGGUUCUUCUCAUAGGGAAUUAUCCUCUAAUUCUGCGUCCGGCCUCCAGUCUUCCAGUCAGGUUUCUUCUCAGGCUUCUUCUGUAGUCUCUACCUUCCCAUAUCAGCUUCCCCUUUCUUCAACCCCAUCCUCUGUUAUCUCUUCCCAUCACCAAAGUUCUUCUUCGUCCACCAUCCGUCCUCCUAAAAGCCAUCUUGACUUGGGACCUGGAUACUAUUCCGGAUUUUUUGAAUUUGUGCCCCCCCAAGUCCGUCCUCCUCCUGGCCUGAAGCCCCGAUUCAAUCAGUAUCCCUUUGAGACCAUACCUCAAGUCGACCACAAUCCUGUGGGCUUUGCUGAUCAGUUCAACUCCGACGUCUUCGUAUCCAACCCUCGUCCAUCCAACCCCACCGACAUGGGUUGGCCCUUCGACCUGAGUGGAGUCCCCCAUUAUGCGGAUUUCGAGCGUUUUGAAAAUGCCUCGAUUGAAGAGCUCCUUCAACCGAGUUCUAUUCCAUUCGGCAGUGUCGCCGAGAUGCACCCACCUGCUCGCAAUGGUGUUGUGAUGAUUUCUAACAUUCCGUACACUGUGACUCGCCAGGAGGUGGCCUCGUUCCUUGGACGCAGUGCUAAUCUGCUCCCAUCCACUGAAGGAUGUCCAAUCCAUAUUAUCAUGGAACGGUCUACUGGCAAGACCAUGGACUGCUAUGUUGAAUUUGCAACAAUGGAGGAUGCUCAGGAUACCGUCGAACGAAUCAAUCGCGCCUAUGAUGCUGGCAGCGCUCCCCGUAUGGGCAGUCGUCACGUUGACCUAGAGCUCAGCACCCCGGCCAAGUUGCUCAAGGCUACUUUUCCCCGGGCAAAGUGCAUUUCAUGGGAAGAUGGGAACCCUGUUCAGCUUGUUAACAAAGACAGUUGGUCCACUGGUUUUGAUGGUUUCCUCACUGACGAAGAAUUGUUUUGCCUUACUCGUCACGCAGAACAACCUCAUCGUAGUGCAUUUGCAAGCAAGGUUCCUCAGCGUUGCUACGAAUCGUUCAUCAGCACCAUCUGGAAAUUUCCAUGGCACGCAACUCAUCUUUACACUGUGCACCACCGUAAUGCUCUUUUCAAGACUCUUGGUACCUUGAUCAGGGCUUUGGUCGAGCGUAUGCAGAAGACAAACACCGUCGGUUUGGAUAUCCGCCUUCUCAACGAGUUGGUUCGCGCAGGAAUCAGUUGCCCUGCUUUCAAUCCUCGCAUGAAGUAUUGUUUUGCUUGGUGGUCAAAGGAUCAGAGAGGAAUUGAGUUAUUGGACCAUGACUGGUGCCUUUAUUUCCCAUUCGACACUCUCAACUAUGUUCCUGGACACAUUUCUGCUGCUAACCAGUAUUAUUCCUACGUCAUGUCCAACGGUGCUGUUUUGCGUACCGAGAACGAUGGUCUAAUCAACAAGCAUACUCACCCUGAGAUCGAGCGAAUCUUUGGAAGGUUCUGGUUUGAGUGGGACGACGACGUUGCCCGUAACAAGGUUUUCAAAGAUGCAAUUAUCUACGAAGCUGGUGUUCUUCGGAAGUUCAUCAUCACUGGAUUCCAGCAGCUUCACAGAAGACAAUCUAGCGUCUCAACCAUUGGCACUGCUCCUGGCUCGUCACCCACCCACAGUAUCGCCUCAGUUGACAGCCAGCGUACUAUUUCGGUAUCUCACAAUCCCUCGGUGAAUCCCGGCCCUACCUAUCAGGAAAGCUCGACCGUUUCAGCCCCCAACAACAUGGCUAGCAGCCUCCCUGAGCAUGGUAACACUUUGAACGUCCUUGGUAACCCCCGUGGUAGCUCCCAGCGACUUAAUGCUGACCAAUAUCUGCUGGACACCCCUACCCAUCGGCCUCUUGCAUCGGCUCCUCUCUACCGUCCGCCACACCAACGACCUGCCGAUCCAACCAAGCCCUGCAACCAGUCUGUUAGCUGGCGGAUGCCUCAAACCCAGGAAGCACAUGCGGCUGGCCCAACUCAGAGCCAGGCUGCGAUUCGGCCUGUGUACCGUGCUCCGCACCCGGCUGCGCAGAACGUUCGGUCGUCCUCUGACCCAUUCGGCCCGGUCCCUUCGAUUGCCCCCCCUGGCCACCGCUCUCGCUCCGAUGUCACCCGUCUGUCAAACAUCGAUCCCCGCGCGUUUGAUGAGAUCCGAGCUGCCGGUCGCAGUCCCCGGCCCGCAAAGAAGUAA